UCGAACUUAGCGUAAGAAAAUUCAAAUCAACCCUAGCGUCAACAGUCUAAACAGACUGUUUGGCUACACCAUUGUCACCCCCUCUCUCUCUUUUCUUUUCGCUCGCUGAGCUAUGGUCUUCCAACGACCACGUCUAUCAAACCCAACAAUCAAAGCUUUACCCAUCUCCGGAUCUGUAAACCCCAGAAGCAGAACAACCUCCUGAAUGGCCACCAGUCUCUGCAACAACUCAUGAAGUCUCAUCUCUGGAAAUGGUAAAUCCCCUUAAAACCCCAUCUCUCAUUAAUCUCCACAAGCACUGUCCUCGAUUUUGUUCUCAUUGUUUUCGUAAAUUUUCUUCAAAACCCAACAUUGCAUCAGAAUUUCCGUUAUCGCCCUCCCAUGAACGCCUUCCCAAAUUAGUCUCCAAGGUCUCUGGCAUACUACAUGAGCUCCAAUGGCAACGAAGCUCCGAACUCGAGCGUUUGAGCGCCAAACUCAAACCCCAUCACGUCGCAAUAAUUAUCGACACCCAUAGGAACACCGAAACGGUUUUGCAAUUCUUUUAUUGGGUCUCUAAGAGACCUUUCUACAAACACAACGUGAACGGUUACAUUUCAAUGUUAAAUAGGCUCAUCCGGGAUAGGCACUUUGUUCCUGCUGAUCAUGUUAGGAUUUUGAUGAUUAAAGCUUGUAAAAACGAGGAAGAUAUUAUCCAGGUUAUCAAUUAUUUGAAUGAAGUCAGUGGAAAAGGUUUUGGAUUUAGUUUAUAUAGCUGUAAUACGCUGUUGAUUCAAUUGGGUAAGUUUGGGCUGGUUGGGGUUGCUCAAAAUGUGUAUAAGCAAAUGUUCAAUAGUGGGAUCAAACCCAGUCUACUGACUUUCAAUACAAUGAUUAAUAUAUUGUGUAAAAAAGGAAAGGUUCAAGAGGCUGAAUUGAUUUUAAGUCGGAUCUUUGAGUACGAUUUGAACCCAGAUGUGUUUACUUAUACAUCUUUGAUUCUUGGGCAUUGUAGAAACCGCAAUUUAAAGGCAGCGUUUGGGGUUUUUGAUAGGAUGUUGAAGCAAGGUUGUGAUCCAAAUUCGGUGACCUAUUCAACUCUCAUAAAUGGGCUUUGCAAUGAGGGGAUGGUUGAUGAUGCAUUGGAUAUGCUCGAAGAAAUGAUUGAAAAAUGCAUUGAACCUACUGUGUAUACUUAUACUGUCCCAAUUAAUACUUUAUGCAUGAUUGGGCGUGUGAAAGAGGCUAUUGAUCUUUUUGCCAGCAUGAGGAAGAGGGGUUGUCAGCCAAGUGUGCAGACAUACACUGCUCUUAUCAGUGGGUUGUCCCGAGCAGGUAAACUUGAAGUAGCAAUCGGAUUGUACCACAAGAUGUUGAGGGAUGGUCUAGUUCCGAGUAUAGUCACAUACAAUGCCUUGAUUAAUGAAUUGUGUGCAGUAGGAAGAUUCAGUGUCGCUCUCAAGAUUUUUUAUUGGAUGGAGGGACAUGGUAGCUUGCCAAAUACUGAAACCUACAAUGAAAUCAUAAAUGCAUUGUGUACAGCUAAAAGUAUUGACAAGGCGAUGGUUCUUUUCAACAAAAUGCUGACGGUUGGUCCUCCUGUAACAGUGGUAACAUAUAACACGCUCAUUAAUGGAUACCUAAAGGAGGGGAAUCUGAACAAUGCUCUGAGAUUAUUGGAUUUGAUGAAGGAGAAUAAAUGCGAACCAGAUCAAUGGACUUAUGCAGAACUUGUUUCAGGGUUUUGCAAAGGAGGAAAGUUCGAUAUGGCUUCUAAUCUUUUCCAUGAAAUGAUAGAGCGAGGCUUGAGUCCAAAUCAGGUCAACUAUACCACUUUGAUUGAUUGUCAAUGUAAGGAAGGGAAAGUAGAUGUUGCGUUGUCAUUAAUUGAGAGGAUGGAGGAAAAUGGCUGCACUCCAAGCAUUGAAGCUUACAAUGCCAUUAUAAAUUGUCUGUCCAAAGGGAAUAGGUUUUCUGAAGCAGAGGAACUAUGUAAUAAGAUGGCAGUAAAAGGGUUGCUACGAAACGUUAUCACCUACACUACUUUGAUUGAUGGGCUUUGUAGGAAUGGUGGGACACAUCUUGCAUUCAAGAUUUUCCAUGAAAUGGAAAAAGGAAAUUGCUUGCCAAAUUUGUACACUUAUAGUUCGCUCAUGUAUGGGUUAUGUCUAGAAGGCCAGGCCGAUGACGCAGAGAGGUUGCUCAAAGAAAUGGAGAGGAAAGGAUUGGCUCCUGAUCAGGUUACCUUUACCUCAUUAAUUGAUGGAUUUGUAAUGCUGGGUAGGUUAGAUCAUGCAUUUUUGGUUCUUCGGCGGAUGGUUGAUGCCGGCUGCCAACCCAACUACCGAACAUACAAUGUGUUGGUGAAGGGAUUGCAAAAAGAAUGUCAGUUGCUUGCAGAAAAGGCCGCAGUCCAGCAUGAAGCAGCGUAUAGUUGCAGUGUAGAUGAGAAGGAUGUCAGUUUUGAAAUAUUAUGUGAUCUCUUAGGUAGACUGUCAGAGAGUGGCUGUGAACCUACCAUUGAUACCUACUGUAUUUUAGUUGCUGGUCUAUGUAGCAAAGGAAAAACUUUUGAGGCAGAACAGUUGCUUAAAUAUAUGGAGGAGAAAGGCUUGUGUCCUAAUGAAGAGAUCUAUAACUCCCUCUUAGGUGCUUAUUGUAAGAAUCUGAGAGUGGACCCUGCUUUGGAAAUCUAUAACUCAAUGGUUGUUAGAGGUUUUGAGCCUCGUUUAUCAAUUUGUAGAGCACUUAUUUGUGCUCUUUGCAAAGCAAGAAGAGUCAUAGAAGCUCAAGCUUUCUUUAAAGAGAUGCUUGAGAAGCAAUGGAAUACUGAUGAGAUUGUCUGGACAAUCUUGAUUGAUGGGUUACUCAAGGAGGGAGAAUUAGAUGUAUGCAUGAAGCUUUUUCACAUUAUGCAAUCUAAGAACUGCACCCUUAAUUUCCACACAUACGUAGUAUUGGCAAGAGAACUUCGCAAAGUAGACGAAGCAGUUGAUACAACUCAGAUUGCUGAUAAAUUGAGAAUUCUGAAGGAUGUUUCAUCAAAUUGAGGUUUUCCUUAUGAAUCAAGGCCCUAAAUUAUGGAGUUAGUCUCCCGGAAGACAGACAGCUGGUCCAGUGACAGGAUGACAUUUUUGACCACCUACAAAUGACAUUUUGAGCUGUAAUCACUUUGCAGUUUGCAGCUCAAUCAUCCAAUAGACGGUGGAGCAGAGGAAUUUCAUUAGAAUGGAAGUACACCAAAUUCUUGAAGUCCUAUUCCGGAACUAUAUGACAAUGACUGAAGGAGUAAGCUUUUUGGCCUGCAGUAGAAAGAGCUGAUCAUUUUCAGGAUCACAAUGGUUUGGCUCAGAUGUUGCCAGUUAAUAGAGUUCGAUUUUUCCAGUAACCAUUAGACUAAGAUUUGAGGUACACUUUAUAAAACACCAAUAUUGAGUUACUUUUCUGUUUUGUAUACCUCAACAAUAGUCAUUCUUUUCAUUUUUUUUGGAAGCACCAACUAGUGCUGAUCAAAUAUACACUUCAUACAAUAUAAUCUCUGGCAAUCUUUUCAAUACAUCAUUACAAUUUCAAUGUAACCAUGACCUUCUACAAUAUAUACAGAGAUUCACCUUUUCGUUUCGUGUGAGAA